CGUGAAACAAACAGAUCGGGAGGGGGAUUCCGGACCACUGUUUCCUCUUCUUGUUUUGCUUUCGAUCUGGUCAGUUGAGGGGACCAAGUUAAGUUUUCGUUUUUGUUACGCACGACCACACAUUUGACCAACGAUAAACUUUCCAGCAAUUGCAACUGGAUCUUUGCAUUUGGAUAGCAUAUCUACUGAGAGCGAAUAGGAUCUUUUUAUCGCAGGCCACCAUGCCAGUGGAGCGGAUGCGGAUGAGGCCGUGGCUGGAGGAGCAGAUUGAGCGUGGCGUGAUACCAGGGCUGAAAUGGGUCAACAGGGAAAAGAAGAUCUUUCAGAUCCCUUGGAUGCACGCGGCUCGGCAUGGCUGGGAUGUGGAGAAAGAUGCACCUUUGUUCCGAAACUGGGCCAUUCACACAGGAAAGCAUCAACCAGGAGUGGACAAGCCAGAUCCCAAGACAUGGAAAGCCAACUUUCGUUGUGCCAUGAACUCGUUGCCUGAUAUUGAGGAGGUGAAAGACAAGAGUAUGAAGAAGGGAAGCAACGCCUUCAGAGUUUACAGGAUGAUGUCGCAGAGCGAGCGACCAAACAAAAAAGGAAAGAAACGAGGUGAAAAAGAAGAAAGAACCAAGGUGGACCGCCAGGUGCCUUUGGAUUGCAGGGUUGCGGAAAGCCAUGGGCUGAUGGUGGUAAAGAUGGAUGGUAUGGCAGACAGCACAGUGCUGACAGACCUGACAGACAAAGGGGGCUCAUCACUGGGAAAUACUACCGAGGAGCCUCACCGUGCCCCUGGGCGCUGUUCUCUGGAUGAUCAGCUGAUCAUCAGCGACCUGCCGGACGUGUGCCAGACCAUCGAAGUGACCACGGAGGACGAGGAGCAUUCAGUCAGCUCCAGCCACCAUUACCCCCUCCAGAUCUCUCCUGUCUCCUCAUAUGCAGAGAGCGACACUGACAGCGUCCACAGCGACGAGGACACCAAAGCGAGCUACCGCAUGCCUGGCUUCCGAUCGGAGAGCAAGCCGCAGUUCAGCUCGGUGCUGAAAAUGCCCACCUGCCCCCUUCCCGGCAUGGCCACCUUCGUCACAUCAGGGAAGAAGAACUUCAAGGUGACCAGCAGCCAGGAGGACUCCCCCCUCAUCGCCUACAACAGUACUCCCUGGGGGCCCCUCUUCCCCUCGGUCCCGCCCCCGCCCCUGCCCACCACCUCCGCCCGCGCCCCCGUCCACGAGAACCGUGCCAGCGUCAUCAUGAAGACCUCGGACGUCUCCAGCUCCACUGUGAAGACCUGCUGAUGCACUCCUGGAGCUGGCCUGUCGGAGUGGAGAAGCUGAGCCUUUUUUAACAGCGGGGGACUUCUGGGGGAAGACUGGGGGAUAGAGGGACCCUUUCAAGGGGACGCCUCCCCACCCUGCCUGGAGGAUCAACCUGAGCAGAACCGGGCAAAAAAGGAAAAUCUCCCACUGUAAGAGAAACUGUGAAUUUGUACGAUGUGCCGAAAGAAUUCUCUGUGACCCCCUCUACUCACCGGCUGUUUGUGAAUAUGUAAAUAAGUGAAAUGACCUGUGUAAUUGCAAGUGGCUUCUGCACCUUAAUCUAAAGCACAUGCACUGGUGUGCAGCGUCCGUGGCAAUGUCCUUUUCAUGUGAUUAUGUAGUCUCCGAGGAUUGUGAUUGGUCGUCCAUAUUCAGUGUGCGGAAUUGUGGAUUUCAGUUCAAGCCAGUAGCACUUGUCCUGUGCGCUAAACACAAAUUUCCAUGAAUUUCCUUAAAAUGUUUUUAUUUUUAUUUCAGCCAUUUGCUCAUUCUCUUGAAAAAUAUCUCAACACAAAAUCCUGUUUGCUCUUUCCCUCAAAAAUCUGACAUAUAUAAUUUCACAAGACUAGAAAUCGCAUUUCUGUUCAAUUGUAAGAAAUGUAGAAAGCGACAAACUUUUACAAGCCCAGGUUUUUAAUCAGAUGCAAGACGUCUCUCACAAUAAAUAAAUAUCGCCCAUGUACAUCACAAAGAUAAAACCUUAAUAACACAGAACAACAAUUGAGUUUUGUAAGAAAAAGUUCAAUGGUUCACGCAUUUUACAUUUUACAUUUUACAUUUCACAACAAUGUCUCCCACUCUGUAUUUGAAGUUUGGGAGUCUGUGGAAAAAGGCACUUUUCUAGUGCAUUGGUAGCUAUGUAAGAUGGUAGGAAAUUAUGUGGUACCAUUUAAAUCUGGGUAGUACUCCCUGAUUGUGUACACAGGUAACUGAGUAUUUGCUGUUAUAUCCAAUAGCCUAUGUUGCAUGUUUAACACAUUAAUUCUCAGCUGUGUUUUUACAUGCAGUUCUCACGCGUAUAUGAGAUAAAUAUUGAGCUGAAAAAAUAUGACUUGCCAAAAAGCUUACUGUAAUAUUUGUGAAUAAUUACAGUAAAACAGCGUAUUGAUCAUUGUAAGAAUGUGCAAGCAUUAUAGUUCAUUAUCAGUUGCUUGCCUCAUAGUCAUCUGUGAUUAUGGGUGGAACUGUAACCUGUGCCUUUCAAUGAAAAAGUAGGAAAGUUUAUCAGAAUCUGAGAGAUGCAAAGUGAUGGAACUGAAAUGAAUUGUAGAGUGAAACUUAAGCCAUCUUAGCUGUAUGGAGAACUUAAUCAACGUGUGUCCUAUCUGUCCCAUACUCUGUGACCUUAAAUCCUUUGAAUGAUUCUCUGAAGAGAGGUACCGCUGUAUACAAAGAUGAAGAGAUUUUUAACAGACUCACCAAAAAAGAGAAAUAUUUGCUUGAAACCUUUUCCUUAAGCACGCUUUUGUAUUUUUUUAUAAAGGGAAUAUUUUAUCAAAGGUGAAUUCUCAGUAGUUUUAUCUUUUUUUUACCAAAAUUAAAGAGAUUUUAUUUUGAUUUAGAAAAUAGUGAUGUUUUGCUGCAUUUGCAUUGGCGCAUUUCUUUCUUGAUUUUUCUAAUGAUGUACAGAUGAUAGUAUAUAUAUAUAUCUAAUAGUAUACGAUACUAUGUUAUGCCUAUGCUUAUGUGUGUUUUAUGCGUGUUCCUGUAUGGAUAUAUAUUUAUGUUUUGCACAAACAUAUAUGUAAUACAUGUGUGUGAGUGCGUGUGUUUCCAUACAUGUAAGCAACUAUUAAUCCUGUGGAUCAUUGAAUAUGCAAAUCAUGAAGAUUUUUUUUCUUUUUUUUUUUUUCUCCAGUUUGACUUUAUUGUACUUAAUAAAAUCAUGUUUUGAA